GAAAGAGUGAGAAUAGGGUGAGAGAGAGAGAGAGAGGUGGGGUGGAGGGGGAGAGAGAGAGUGAGAGAGGGGCGGUGGCCAAAAUAAGGAAUCGUGCAGAAAUCGGUGUUGCUGGCCAGCUCCUCCAUUCACUCAACUUAAUGGCUUCGGACACUUGUUUACAUCCAUGGGGUCUGUCCGCCUUUCGGAUUGACUUUCUCUCCGGAGGACGGUAAAAGACGCUGUAAAUACGUCGUAAACACCCCGUCGGCCACGCCACACAUGAGGGGACGCGCAGUGCGCCCCUCCGCGGUGCGGCUGUGACUCGGCGGCCGCAGACCGGCCAGGGCAUGCUGAAGAGCCGCUGCUGCGUCCUGCUCGGUGACCUGAGGCUGCUGCUGCUCGGCCCGCCGGCGCCGCCGCCUCCGCUCACCCCCAUGAGCGGCCAAGCCGCGCAGAGCUGUGAGCCGCCGGGCGUCGCCGAACACGGGGAGCGAGGAAGCCCGCCCGAGGCGGCCGCCGCCGCCGCCGUCGGCGCGGGGCCGGCGGCCGAGCGAGCGGUGCCGGGCUGGGUGGACGCAGCGGAGCUGUCGGCGGCGCUGCGAGGCUGCAGCAGCUCCUCCGACGACUGCUCGAAGGGCAAACUGGAGGAGCGGUUUUCCCUCACCAGCUUCACCGGGAGCGGCUUCAGGACGCCCGUCUGCAGGAUCUGCUUCCAGGGACCUGAGCAUGGGGAGCUCCUGAGCCCAUGCCGCUGCAGCGGCUCAGUUCGUUGCACCCACCAGCCCUGCCUCAUCAAGUGGAUCAGUGAGCGAGGUUCCUGGGCCUGUGAGAUCUGCUAUUACAAGUACCAGGUCAUAGCUAUAAGCACAAAGAACCCAUUACAGUGGCAGGCCAUCUCACUCACCGUGAUCGAGAAGGUGCAGAUAGCAGCGGCCAUCUUGGGCUCUCUCUUCCUGAUGGCCAGCAUCUCCUGGUUGGUGUGGUCCUCGUUCAGCCCGUCGGCACGCUGGCAGCGCCAAGACCUGCUUUUCCAGAUCUGCUACGGCAUGUACGGCUUCAUGGACGUGGUCUGCAUAGCACUUAUUGUCCACGAGGGACCGUCUGUGUUCCGCAUCUUCCACCGGUGGCAGGCUGUCAACCAGCAGUGGAAGGUUCUCAACUAUGACAAGUCCUUGGACAACGUUGACUUGAAAACCAUGGCGGUGGACAGGACUCAUCAGACCAACCAGGCUUACCAGACCGGACUCGGAGUGUCCACCUCCACCUCGUCGCUAAUGGUGGUCGCUUCCACGGCUGCCGGCUCCACGUCAGCGACUGUGGUGGCGGCCGCGGGAGGACUUGGGGUGCAGCACUUGAACCCCGAUGGUGGGGGCGCGGUGGCCGACCCGCAUUACCCUUACAACAUCCUGCACCUGCUCAGCCACCUGAGACCAUCGGAACCUCGCAACCAAGCCAGCAGUAACACACGAGAACUGGUCAUGAGAGUCACGACCGUGUGAGGUGUCAAAUGGGGCCUUAUCUCUCAAAUGGGGGCAGGGUCUAACUUUCACAAAGGACCUAAACUGCAACUGGACUGAUACCGUCUUCUUCUUUGUUACAUAAUGCAUCAUCACUGUCAUUGAUUGAAUAAAAAUGUAAAUUGGUUGAUUUGCA